CGGGCGCAGCACGCACGCGCGGAGAGGCACGGGCGCCGGAGCCCGGUGGCGGCCCCUUCGCCAUGUCCUCGGCCUGCGGCGCCGGCAGCCGCUUCCCCCUGCACCUGCUGGUUUGGAACAACGACUACCGGCAACUGGAGAAGGAGCUGCGGGGCCAGAAUGUGGAGGCCCUGGAUCCACGAGGCCGAACGUUAUUGCAUCUGGCUGUUUCUUUGGGACAUUUGGAAUCUGCUCGAGUCUUGCUCCGACAUAAAGCAGAUGUGACAAAAGAAAAUCUCCAGGGAUGGACAGUUUUACAUGAGGCUGUAAGCACUGGCGAUCCUGAGAUGGUGUACACAGUUCUUCAGCAUCGAGACUACCACAACACGUCCAUGGCCCUUGAGGGGGUUCCUGAGCUGCUACAAAAAAUUCUCGAGGCUCCGGAUUUCUAUGUGCAGAUGAAAUGGGAAUUUACCAGCUGGGUGCCCUUGGUUUCCAGAAUAUGCCCGAAUGAUGUCUGUCGCAUCUGGAAAAGCGGUGCCAAACUGCGUGUUGAUAUCACAUUGCUGGGAUUUGAAAACAUGAGUUGGAUACGAGGGAGGCGUAGUUUUAUAUUUAAGGGAGAAGACAACAGGGCAGAACUGACGGAAGUCAACCAUGACGACAAAGUGGUCACCACUGAACAUUUUGACCUUUCCCAAGAGAUGGAGCGCCUCACUCUAGACUUGAUGAAGCCAAAAAACAGGGAAGUUGAGAGACGGCUCACAAGCCCAGUCAUUAACACCAGCCUUGAUACUAAAAAUGUUGCUUUUGAAAGAACUAAAUCCGGAUUCUGGGGCUGGAGGACAGAUAAAGCAGAAGUUGUUAAUGGUUACGAAGCAAAGGUUUACACAGUAAACAAUGUGAGUGUGAUAACCAGAAUACGCACAGAACAUCUGACGGAGGAGGAAAAGAAGAGAUAUAAAGCUGACAGGAACCCACUGGAAUCUUUGCUGGGAACUGUGGAACACCAGUUUGGUGCUCAAGGGGAUCUCACCACAGAAUGUGCCACCACCAACAAUCCCACAGCCAUCACACCUGAAGAGUACUUUAACGAAGAGUUUGAUCUGAAGGACAGGGACAUUGGAAGGCCAAAAGAGCUGACCAUCAGAACACAGAAGUUUAAAGCAACUCUGUGGAUGUGUGAAGAGUUUCCCCUCUCUCUUGUGGAACAGGUCAUUCCCAUUAUUGACCUAAUGGCUCGAACUAGUGCUCAUUUUGCAAGAUUGAGAGAUUUCAUCAAACUGGAAUUCCCACCUGGAUUUCCUGUCAAAAUAGAAAUUCCCUUGUUUCAUGUCUUAAAUGCACGGAUUACAUUUGGAAAUGUUAAUGGCUGUAGCACUGCUAAAGAAACCAUGUCUCAAAAUGUGGAAGGGACCCAGGCUGAUUCAGCUUCUCACGUCACAAAUUUUGAAGUUGAUCAAUCUGUGUUUGAAAUUCCUGAAUCUUACCACAUUCAAGACAAUGGCAGAAACGUACAUUUGCAAGAUGAAGAUUAUGAAAUAAUGCAGUUUGCCAUCCAGCAGAGCCUGCUGGAGUCCAGCAGGAGCCAGGAACUUUCAGGACCAGAUUCAAAUGGUGGGAUCAGCCAGACACACGCCUAUGAUGCCCAGUAUGAAAGGGCCAUCCAGGAGAGCCUCCUCCCCAAUACGGAAGGCCUGUGCCCCAGUGUCCCAAGCGAGAUAAGCCGUUUUGACAGUGACUUGCAGCUGGCCAUGGAGCUCUCUGCCAAAGAGCUGGAGGAACGGGAGCUCCGGCUCCAGGAGGAGGAGGCUGAGCUCCAGCAAGUCUUACAGCUAUCGCUCACUGAGAAAUAGACCUCUCUGCCCACAGGCUGCACAAAGCAGAGGCUCUGGGCUGCUGUGGACACUGUCAACCAGGGCCCCAGACUGAGGGUCUGCACCUUGCAUGUAUGCAGUGGAUGGCAGCUGCCCCUUCUUUAUGCAGAGGUGCAGAACCAGGGACUCCCAGGCCCAUCCAGAUGCUCCCUGGGGAGGAGAAGGGGCCAGCAAUUGGCAGGCCCCAUCUUCAGGCCAAGGGGAGGAAAGCAUCGUCACUUUCCAUUAGCUGUACUGGCUUGCAGGUCACCUUUUUACUACCAGCUUUAGACAAAAUCCCAAUCCCCACAGGUUUGUAGAUACAUUUUUAUCAAGAAGUGAUAACAAAACAAGUUAUUGCAGAGUCAGGGUGCUUUUAUAUAUGAGAGCAACAGCAGCCUUUGUAGAGUGUGGUUUAUGAAAUUUGAGACACUUCUAUACUGUUCACCAAAGAAAUGGGUCAUCUGUGCCGAUCUACUCUUUGUUUUUACCUUUAUACAGGGUUUCUAGGACAUUGUCAUCAUUCCUCCUCCAUCUCCAUCUUUUUCCAUUCCUUCCGUUCCUCCCUCCAAACUAAAGUUAUAGGAGAUAUGUAUAGGAUCUUAUUUUAGAUUAUAGUUAACUAUUUGCAUCAAAUGACCAUGGAUGUUGCCUUAGCCUUAAAAAUUACUAAUAGUUUUAAACCACCUCGCUCCACUUACUGAAGGAUCUGAUUUGAAUUUGUAAAGGCAAUUCCUUUGACAGCAGGCUCCUCCAGGCUAAAUCAAAGGCAGCUAGCUAAUCCUGUCCCUGAAGGAGCAGCUAGGGGGACUCUGAGGCUUGUUCUUAAAAGCUGGCCAAAAUACUGGCACAGCACAGACUCAAACCAGGUGUGUGUUCUAUACCUGCUUUAGUGAAGGAUUUCCUUGGAGAUGCCUAGAAGAAACCACUGCAUGCCCUAGUCUCACUUGAAAGGAAGGAUGAACUUGCAACUAGAAAGGGAGCUUAACAGAGCUCAGUGGCUCUGCUCUUCAUUUUAAAGGUAAAAUGGUGAUUCCAUGUUGCUUUUUAGAAUUUAAAUCAACAUCUUUCUGGAUAAAUAUUUUUUUAACAGAAUCUUUUUAUUAUUUUUAAGAGAUAUACAAACGACUACUCCCAUCAGUAGCAAUACAAGGUUAUACAUUUUAACCAGAUUUUCUCAGGCCUUUUUUGAAUACCUUUAGUAGUUAACUAUUUUGUCAAACCCUCCUGUAAAUAACCAUUACACAACAUACAGAACCCUGGGGAAUACAGCUGAGGGCACCCACCCUGGCCCAUGUAUUCAUUCCCACAGGCUGCACUGAAAUAACCCGGUAAACAAUAUCCUGUUUUGCGUCUGUUUCCUCUGUUAUGCUUCUUUCAGAAUAGGAAGAGAAAUAAACUAUUGUUCCAAUUAGCAUCUGUAUCAAACAGUUAGUAUUGCCAGUAAAACGUUCCUAGUCACAAAUAAUUGUGCUUUUAAUCCAUAUAACCAUCUGCAUUUUUUGUCAUGGUCUGAUGAAAAUUCCUUCUCUGCACACAAGGCCAAUAUUGGUAAUGUCACACUUGUUUCAGAUAUGUAGCUUGGCAUAUUGUUUACUUGUGUUUAAUGUGAGCGAAGACACUUCUUGGGAAUGGCUGCAGUUAGGCCAUGUCUUUACCUAAGGUGAAUCAUAGGAAACUUUUUUUUUAUUUCAUAGGUAAUUUCUAUAUUUGCAUUCCAUUGCUCUGCUUCUUGAAGUCUUUGACUUUCUCCCCAGGAAGUCACUUAAAAAGGGACUGAGCAUCUGUCAACCUGUCACAGCAUUUUUCAUUCUUAAAAUGUGUUCACUCUUAAAAUGCAAAUAAAGACUGCUUCCUUAGAGGGUGCUCAUACAA